AUUGGGACUGACUCCAGCCUCUGCUCCGGGAGGCCCUCCAGAGCUGCUCGACCUCCCGGAGCGAUGCAGAAGGCCUCCCGCAAAAACAAAAAAGAAACAGGAGUCAGCAUCAAGGUCAAAACAUCUGUACACAACUUGAGCAAAACACAGCAGACCAAACUCACUGUGGGCAGGCUGGGAUUAGGCCUCAUCAUCAUCCAGCAUGGACCCUACCUCCAGAUCACCCACCUCAUCAGGAAGGGGGCUGCAGCCAACGACGGGAAACUUCAGCCAGGUGAUGUUCUGAUUAGUGUUGGCCAUGCCAAUGUGUUAGGAUAUACUCUUCGAGAAUUUUUACAGCUUUUGCAACAUAUCACCAUUGGAACAGUGCUACAAAUCAAGGUUUACCGAGAUUUUAUUAACAUUCCUGAAGAAUGGCUAGAAAUACAUGAUUUAAUCCCUGAGGCCAAAUUCCCAGUAACAAGCACACCAAAGAAAACUGAGCUGGAAAAAGAUGAAUCUUUCAUAAGCAGUGAUGAUAAUGAAAAUGUAGAUUUAGAUAGAAGACUUCAAUAUUAUAGAUAUCCAUGGUCAACUGCGCAUCACCCUGCAAGGAGACCAAUAUCCAUCUCCAGAGACUGGCAUGGAUAUAAGAAGAAGAACCAUAUUAUUAGUGUAGGAAAAGACAUUGAUUGUGACGUGAUGAUUCACAGAGACGAUAAGAAAGAAGUGAGGGCACCUUCUCCAUACUGGAUAAUGGUGAAGCAAGACAAUGAAACCUCUUCCUCCUCUACUUCCUCUACCUCAGAUGCCUUUUGGCUGGAAGAUUGUGCCCAAGUUGAAGAGGGUAAAGCCCAACCAGUAUCAAAGGUUAGUUAGCAAAUCUGUGGUCAUAUGAGCAUUUAUCUUGCAGACACCCAAGUUUUGUGCCUCACCAGGCACAAGUUUGCUAUACUUAUCAAGGACUGUUUGUAGACUCACCAAUUCUCUUCUCUUGUGACCGCGUUAUUAAGCCUUUAGAGAUGUUCUUCACUAGGAUUAUCUAAAGACUUCCCUGGGUUCUUGCAGGCCUCGCAAAUCUUAUUUUCAGAAUAAAACCCUUCUUUCUGAGAAGAAUUUCUUUUCUUUUAGAAAAUACAGUAGAGAAAUCCAGUAUCAGAAUGUCUGAACAUAAUAGAGAAUGUCACUUUAUGUAAACACCACACUUUUCUUUAAAUAUUUAGUUUCUCUCUUUUUUUGGUAAACUUCAAGUACUAUAAUUAAAAUAACUAAGAGACAUA